ACAUCAAGGGUUUCACUUAGCAUAAUAAGGGUUUCACUUGAGCUCUUCUCGGUGACACUGACGUUUUGCGUGAAAAUAGGUUAAAAAGCCAUACUGGCCUAUGUAGGAUUACUUCGUUAUCAAUUAAACACUCGACUUUCAGAGUACGUUGGAAUUUCGCCGCUUUUGUUGGAAAUCGACAUCUCUGCGAUGCAUAUGGCGACUUGUCGAGCGGAGUUCAAACUCAACAACAUCGUGAAGCAAAAUUUGGAUGCAACGAGAAGUUUACCUCAAGCAUGCUCCGGAAAUUCGCGAUAAAACGAAACACGCAAGCCUCGUCGGAAAUUGAAGCGAGGAACGAAGAUGAUGCAUGUAUUACAGUGUCAAGCUCACAUAAUUCGGCGACCAGUGCUAUGGAAGAAACUUCCAAGUUGUUUUCAUCGUCAGACCAACACGUGGGCAGCGAAGAAGAAAUUUUGCCAUUUAUCGUUGACUAUUUGGGAUUUGACCAUAUUUCCGAAGCUCAGUCGGUUCCGUUAAUGAAAGAAACAUUGAAAAAAAUUAAAAAGCAUCACACGAAAAGUUUACGCGUCGAUUUUGUUAUUCACGAUGGAAUUCUUAAAGUUUCAGAUGUAACUCAAGGGGCAUUGUUGAUUACAGCCCCCCUUUAUGCUGUCGCGUUAUGUGCUCAAGAGCAACUUAGAGGAUUUGAUUCGACUUUUGCAAUCAACAUAACAAGAAGGCGAGUCCAUCUCUGCCAUGUUUUUCAAGCAGGAUCCAGACUAGAGGCUUCAAGCAUUGUUCGUUCUGUGGCAUUAGCAUUCAAAUCAGUGGGGAAACUUUUAAAAGAGAAGCGGGAAAGAAUACUGCUAGCUGAGUCAUCAUCGUCCUCUGAAAGACUGCGGACUGAAUCGGACGGUUCUCGGUAUAGAGAGCGGAACCGGACCGAAUCUGAGGGAUCACGAGAAAAGCACCGGAUAAAUAUCGGAGAUGUACCAGCAUCAAAGAAAAGACAUUUGGCUCUACCAGGUGGAGCACGCAAUAAGGCUGGAAUUGUUGCAUCGUCAUUGGCGGGAACUCAGAUCGAGGAUACCGCUGAUCCUGUGAACAGAAAUGAGAUUGUUACAGCAUUAGUGCAACGGGAUAACCUAGGCAAGCGUCAACAGUAUGCAGAGAGUUCAUCGAAAGAAAGUUUUGGCAUUCGAGCGAACAGCACAGAAGUGUACUCUGAUCGCGAAAAAGACAGUAGUGGCGAGGGAGAGGGGAGGGAUGGUGCAGAUGAACGAAGGGGCAGUGUUGCUUCGAGCAGAGAAAAGCAUUACUGGGACGAUGACAUUAAAAGUAGUGAUGUUAGCAAAAUCGAUGAUCUCUAUGCAGUGGCAGCAUCAUGUAUCGAGAGUGGAAAUUACAGGCAACUUGAGAUUCUAAUUGAUAGUGGAUUGGCGAUCAACUCAAAGGAUAUCAACGAAUUUUCAUUAUUACAUCAUGCUGCUGUGAGGAAUCAAGUUGAAAUCACAACUUUGUUGCUUGAAAGAGGUGCUGAUCCGAACUGUGAGGGACCAAGCGAUCAAACACCACUGCACUGCGCAGCAGGGCAGGGCAACAGAGCGAUUGCCAAAGUUCUUUUGGAGUUCGGUGCGAAUGUGCGGGCUAAAGAUCGCCUUUUUCGAACACCACUGCACAUGUGUGCUGGAAAUUUGCAAAGUUUAGAAGUUUCUUUUCUCUUGGUGGAGCAUGGAGCUAGGAUUGAAGACAACGAUUUGGAAGGGACGAGACCGGUUGAUUUGCAGCUGGAACUUCAAGAAAUGCAGAAUCGGCUUAUCCAGUCAGCCUGCGAAGCUUUCACAGCUACCGACCUGUCAAAGUCACGUUCCGACUCCGGUUCAAGUUCUUCUCGGUCAAAUAGCAUGCGGUCUGGUAAAAGUUUGCUGCCAUCACAGCAAGGCCGGAGAGGACUGCACAAAUCUAACUCAUUCAAAAGACACUCGAUUAGUCUACAUAGCAUACCGGAUGAUAACUCUGAUGAAGAUGAAACGUUAAAAGACGGAUGUAACAGAGACGGUCAGGUCAUAGGGUUCAGCGCAGACGAAAGCAAUGCUAGUUCAACAAAAAGUUCUAAAAAGACGAUGAAACAAGAAUCCUUCGAUUGUGAAACAGAAUCGUCCCGGGAUGAACCUUAUAUACCUUACCAGGCAAUAGACCUACGCAAGGUCAAUGACAAGUAUACGCGAAAAUACGAAAAUCGAGUUAAUGAAAAAUUUUUAGAACACUUUCGAAGUGGAAGAAAUAUGUUAGAUGAACCUCUAAAUCUACCAAGUGACAGUGAAUGCUCGGUUGACAGCACAAAAGUUGAAAUAGACUCACUUUGUCUAGACGAUGAAGAAUUUGCUCCGUCUAUGAUUCAGGAUUUUAAAUACGAUGAUACUAGUACUAGAUCAGUAGAAGGAUUUUUGGACUCUAAUUUAAAUGUCAUGGGACAGAAGGAUGAUAUACUGGACCUUCGAAAUGGGGAUCUAUCACGAAUACGUACGAGCACAAAAAAGGAAGAAAGUGGCUCUUCAGAUGUCAUCGAUUCCACGGAGAAUAGUCUUGCUGGAUCAAACCAUGAUUUGUCAGAUGAUACAACGAUUAGUGACUCGGAAAGUAUAACAAGACUUAGGGAAAGUUUGCACUCUAAGCUCCCACGGACAGAUCGUAGCUCAUUCAGCUCUUAUUCAAAACUUUUUAAGAAGGAUCCAGCCUCGGAUGCAUUGAAGCUGUUGGUUACCCUCUCUUUGAACCCAGAAUGUCAUUCCUCGAUCCUUGCAUCACUUUGCUUGCCUAACACUGCAGGGCAAGUUGUUGCAGCUGCUCACUCCCCAAGAACCAGUUCAUAUCAUCUUGACCAAAUCGCUUCUCUUCUUGGAAAUUUGUUCACUGUCUCUGGACCAGACAUUAAAAGAAAAGCAGUGGAAGCUGGAUUAUUAAAGACGGUUAUCGAUAUGCUAGACACACCAGAGCCUGUUCAGGGCACAUGUCUCUCGAUCUUGAAUGAUUUGCUACAAACAGAGAGUGAACGAGAAUACUCAAUGGCAAUCACAAAUGUACCUAUUGAGCCUCUUUUAAGUAUUCUUGAAAAGGAGACUCCAAGCAAAAAGUCGGUCAGUGAGAAACUACAACUUUACCAAGAGAAAACUCCAAUGCCCUACGGUGACUCUUCUGCACUUUCAGCCCGGAAAGUGGCACAUCAUAUUUACUUCCAAGAAAAAGAGCCGGAACUAGUCGCUUCAAAAUCUAUGAAACGCGAACUAAAAUUUUAUUUAGACAAAAGAGUAUCUGACAAAGAAAUGAACAGCCAGAGCUUGAAAUUAGUAGAUACGAACCCUCAUAUUCAUUUUAUGCCCCCACCUGAUGGACUGGGUAGGGGUAGAUCUGACAGUUUUAGCUCCCAGUCGAGCAGAGAGUCGUCGCCCUCGUCAAUGGGAAAAGUGAGUUCUAAAAGCAACAGCGUCAGUGACGUCAGACUGAGUGAAUCGUUAGCUGGAGCAAUUAUGCGACAAAGGCGAAGCAGCAGAGGGAGUGGCUACAGUACCGACGGUAGCACCAUUAGCAACUUAAUUGCAAGCCAUCAGCUAUGUCAGCCAAUGGCAGCCAAGAACAUUGCAGUCAAAAUGCUGUCUGCUGUUAGCAACAACCCAAAACUGCAGCAAGAACUUGCAAAACCAAGGAUAAUACAGAUUCUUCUCGGUUGCUCGAAGGACAGCGAUUUCGAAAUUUCAUUACAGUCUACAAUGGCCUUAGCUAACAUGGCAAUGAAUGUUAACACUCAUGCACAGCUUGAAAGUGAACACGUUGUUGAAGGACUGGAACUGAAUACCAAACACAACAACAUAAGGGUACGAUAUAACGCUGCUAGAGGUUUGAUCUACCUCGGUCAUUUCAACAUCAAUGGAAUUCACAUCUUCUCUGCAUUAGAAGCUGAUGAAUCUCUUUCAAACGUAAUUUAUUCAGAAGCAACAUCCCAACAAGAACAGUAUUUUGUGAGAGGCACAAGUAUCGAGAGUCUCGUACUGAUGCUAAAAAAGGAUAUUCAUCUAUUAUGGGGUGGCAGCACAUUGCCCCCACCAUCACCAGGGGAUAAAAAGAAUGGUAUGCGAGCGGGCGUUAGUGUGCCUGGGAAAGAAGGCAUACGUCACGCCCCAACGGAACAGCAGAUCUUGAAUUUCAUUUUGACGAUGUACCCAACAUUCGCUCAUCCUGUCAUUUUCAUGAGACUUCUGCUUCACAGAUUUCACGAUCCAACUUACUACAAAAUCUUUGAAGAAUAUGAAGAGACCGGCCAAGUGAUAUGUAUGGGAAAUCUUGCACCGUUACCCCCGGUCCAUGCAAGGCUGAUAAGGGUGUGGGUUACCUGGUUAGAAACUCAUCCGGGAGAUUUCAGACGAUGUCCAACUAUGUUGGAGGAGCUUGGAGAUUUGGUUGAGCCAAUGAGAGCGGUCGGUGGGCCGUAUGUUCCAUGCGCAGAACGCCUGGAAGCUCUUAUGAAUAAAAUAAAGGAAGAUGGCAGUAGCCGCGGGAGUGAGCGCAGCAGUCACUCAGAGAAUUAUCAUGAUGCUCUUUAUGAACAGUGUCAAAAAGCCAUUGUCAGUGGAUCGAUACCAUCAACAGAAGAUUAUUUCGUUUAUCUUGCUAGCCUCCAGCUAUAUAUCGAGGACUUGGAAGAAUAUGGCCAAGACUUUCCUCAAAGAAUCAACACGAUCAGCAGCAUAACUUCUGCAAGGUUAAAACAAAGCAUACAUCCUUCAUUGGCAUCGUCAAAAAAUGUCCUGAAAAGAAUAAAACUUCAAUAUGAAGUGAUCCUAGAAGAAAGUCCUACGAUGAGAAAUGCUAAGCAUAAUUACAUAGAUUGUUGUCAAGGAAUUGAAGGCUUUGGCUGCAGAUUUUUCAAACUAAAGCAACGUGUCCCAACUAAAGGUGGAAAGAAUUACAACACAGUGACAAGAUUACUUGGAAUAAGUUCGAAGCGAGUGGCUAUUCUUGAUGAACAGACAAAGGCGUGCAUAGAAAAAUGGAACUUCAAAGAUCUAAAAAGAUGGGGAACGACAGAAGACAAUUUAUAUCUGAGACUGACUUUUAAGAAGCGAACUGUUGAAUUUCAGAUGGACAGUAAAAGUAUCUUCAAAGAGCUUUCAAACUACAUUCUCACUUGUUCGAUGGAGAUGGGUCGGCAAGGUUUUGGCAAUUUCGACACAAGUCCGUGGAGUCCCUAUGCAGAACGAACUGGCACGUGGGGUGUCCCAGCGCUACGACUAUACUUAAGUGAGCUGCGUAGAGAGCUUGAUAAUUCACCAACAGGAAAAGUUGAGAGUCCGCUCUCAUGCAGAGAAAGGGCAAUAACUUAUAUACCUUCUUCGGGAGCACGGCCACCAUUGCAAAGGUCAAAAUCGUAUGGAGUAACAGAAGUGUCAAAAUCAGCGCCAGGACAGAUCGAACCAGACGCGGAAAUCACGAGUUCCGCUUUCGAUUGGUUUCCGUUUCGAAGCCGGAAGUCCCGUGCGUGUAGCGGAAAAUCUGAAUUAUCGACUCAUGGUGGCAUUGUAACGGAAUAUUCGGCAAUACAGUCCCCCCAGUUGGAAGGCACCUCUCCAAGGCGAACGAAACCACGAAAGAGUUCCAGCUCUCCGAAAUCUCACAUAGAAUUUACCCCUGUGUCCGUAUUUGAGCAGCAUUUAUCAAGUCCAUCGCACGCCUCAUCGAGUGUCCUAUCUCAGUCGAGUAACGAAAGAGCGCCAAUGCUUGAUGUUUCUGCUGAGCAAGAGAGCACAAAAGCUGUUGAAAAAAUCCAAAAAGACUACUGUAAAGCUGUGGCAAGAAUAAAUUAUUGUCGAUGCCCCCCGGAUGCUCAGCUUCCAAAUUUGAAUCGAAGGGACUUCAGUGCUUUUGAACUCCUCCAACACCCAAAAGAGCUGGCAAGGCAGAUCACGUUGAUAGAUCACGAGUUAUUUCGUGCUAUGUCUUCACGAGAUAUUCAGAAGAAGAUAUCUAUUGGUACUUUGAGGAAGCUGAAGGGUGAUAAUUCAAGUCAAACUGUUGAGAAAGUCGCGCAGAGAUUUAAUCAGUUGAGUAACUGGGUUUGCGUCUGCAUCGUAUCGGAGCGAAAUAUCGACAGAAGAGCGCAAAUGUUUAUCAAUUUCGUCGAAACAGCGAAGCAAUGCCUAGAGCUUCGAAAUUAUAAUUCAGUGAUGGCGAUUGUUGUAGCAGCUCUUGGGAGUGCACCCGUACGGCGUCUGAAAAACACUAAGGAGAAAAUUCCACCAGAGUGCCUCAGUCAAUUGAAUAAGAUGGAAAAUUUGAUGGAUACGAAGAGUAAUCACAAGAAAUACAGAGAGGCAUUACGUACUUCACCAACUCCGGCAGUACCUUACUUUGGGUUGUAUCUCAAGGAUUUAACGUUCAUCACCGAUGGCAACCCAGAUUAUCUCACAAACGGACUUAUCAAUUUAAACAAAAGAAGACAGGUUUAUCUUCUUCUUGACGAGAUUCAUCGGUUUCAAAAGAAAAAGUACAACUUUCAAAAGGUCCCUGAAGUUCGAGAUUAUUUGUAUAAUCGGCCAAACAUACCUGAAGAACAACUUCACAAAAUGUCACGAGAGAUCGAACCUCCAAUCCAUGCUAAGUACCCAGCCACCUCAGCCUCGCAACCAAACACCGGAUUGCAGGCUAACCUGUUCCGAAGCAGCGCACCAAGGGUGAUGGGAAGGCGCACGCUCGGUAUUAUGAAGGCACAAGUGCACAAUGUUGCCGUAUGAGAAGUUUGACGGUUAUCACUGAGCUACUUGGCUUCAGCAGUGUCCCUUGAACUCCGCAGCUCGCAGACACAGUUGCCCCUUCAUGUGUUGUGCAGAAAUAGAGCUCGUUCCAGUGGGAGGCUAGAGUUCAUCAACUGUCCUUGAGUUCACUAACGUGACAGUUGAAUAGCAGUGCAGCGAGGUCUCAGAUGUGACGCAUAUCUAGCAAACUGAUGUAUUGCCAUCAAGAAUAAUGGCCUUUAUAGAUUGGCCUUAGUUGCGAGAAAAACCAACGAGCCAUAUAUUCUUUGUGUAUAUGAUACUGUUUUUAUGCAAUCUAAUUGAGAUGACGGUUAUUUUGAAAGGCCAUAUGCAUUUCACAGGCAAUUUUUUAACACAACCCUUAUAAUCCAAAGCUCAAAUAAUCUUUCUCGAUUUCCCGUAACACUUUGCCCCGAGUACCCUUUCCCAUAUAUACCUAAUUUCUUUUUGAUUGAUGGCCAAAAAUCAAUUACAGUCCCACAGUCUGAGGUCCCAUA